CGGGGCCGGCCAUCGUUUCUGGCCUUGCCAUCGCCGUCGCCGUCGCCGUGCUGCUCCUGCUGGUGGUGCCACGUCGCUGCUGCCGUCGGCCGUGAUGGGGCUCGCCGGGGAAAGAUCCCCCGUCAGUGGCGGCGGGUUCAGGUGCCAUCCCCGUUCUUGCUGUUUUCCUGCACGAACUUUGGAAACCUUUUUGAUGUUUCAUCGACAUGCUAAAGCUGUCACCAUCUCCGGAGUUGAUGUAACCUGAUCGAGUUCUCAGUAAACCUGCGACUGCCAUGUUAUGUUUUGCCGAGGGGUCGGAAAUCCUAGGUGCAUGAUGCUGCGUGUUGUUGUUUUUUUCAUCCUUUUCAAACUGUUUCUUGCUAUUGUACCAUGUUAAGUGGGUUAUCUGCAAACACAAGGGAUGAGUGCAGGACCAAUAUUUUAGCAUAUAAUUGUUCGAACAAAAUCAUAAUUGUUUGAAAAAUAUUUUAGCAUAUAUCCACAAAUACUUCUCUUUCAUGGAUCUGCUGAAUUCCUGCGGAAUCGUGAUCAGACUGACUCAUCCAUUUGGACAGCUCCUAGCGAUAGUGUCCAACAAACAUAUCUCCCACAAACCUUGUUCAUCUUGUGGUAGUGAAAACGGCAAGUUCAGCUAUGGGUAUGCAAGCUCUCCUGGGAAAAGAUCUUACAUGGAGGACUUCCAUGAAACCAGAGUAGAUGGUGUCGAUGGAGAGACAGUUGGGUUGUUCGGCGUUUUCGACGGCCAUGGUGGUGCUCGAGCAGCAGAGUUUGUAAAACAAAACCUUUUCACAAAUUUAAUCAAGCACCCAAAGUUCUUCAGCGAUACCAAAUCAGCUAUUGCUGAAACUUACACUCACACAGAUUCAGAGCUUCUGAAAGCUGAUACCAGCCAUCAUCGAGAUGCGGGGUCAACCGCUUCCACUGCUAUUCUUGUAGGUGAUCGCUUGGUGGUUGCAAAUGUUGGGGAUUCUAGGGCAGUCAUAUGCAGAGGAGGGGAUGCUAUAGCGGUGUCAAGAGACCACAAGCCAGACCAGACAGACGAGAAGCAGAGGAUAGAGGAAGCUGGUGGAUUUGUGAUGUGGGCUGGAACAUGGCGUGUUGGUGGCGUUCUUGCUGUUUCUCGAGCAUUCGGUGACAAGCUCCUAAAGCAGUAUGUGGUCGCUGAUCCAGAGAUCAAGGAGGAGGUUGUGGACAGCUCCUUGGAGUUCCUCAUCCUUGCAAGUGAUGGUCUGUGGGACGUGGUGACCAACGAGGAAGCCGUGGCCAUGGUGAAGCCGAUCCUGGACUCGGAGCAGGCCGCCAAGCGGCUCGUCGCGGAGGCCUCCCAGCGGGGCAGCGCCGACAACAUCACCUGCGUCGUCGUGCGCUUCAUGGAGCAGCACAACGGGCCGGGCAGGGCCACCAACGACCAAGCCUCGUAAACAUCUGCUGCUGUGCUGCUGUGACAUCUUCUUGGCACCAAAUAUACAAUUUUACUCGUACUUUCUGCUUCGUAGCAUCAUCAUUCUAGAGAUGCAGGUAAACCAGAGUCAUGUGCAAGUUGUUUUAUUUAUGCUGCAACUGAAAAUGUAAACGAAGGACACCUGCGUUGUUUGUCUUGGAAUGGAAUCUGGGAGGAAAAAGAAUCAUUCCCCAA